CCUUUAUAUACUCUUUGGUAGACUGUAGAUACUCUUAUUUUUACGCGAAUGGACUCACGUGUUGUUUUUUGUUUAUUGUUUAUUGGAUAAAGACUUGGUUCCUUUGCUGUCGGAGAAUUUAGACAAUGUCAGUUUGCCGCCGUACAAUGCCUAAUAUAUUGAUUACAGGAACACCUGGUGUUGGCAAAUCUUCUCUUGCCAAAGAACUGGCAGAGCAGAAUGGCUUAGAGUGGUUAGAAGUUGGAAGAUUGGCAGCAGAAAACUGUUGCUUCGAAGAGUACGAUUCAAUAUAUCAGUGCCCAGUUCUUGAUGAAGACAAGCUUUUGGAUUUAAUGGAACCCAAGAUGGCUGAAGGUGGAAAGAUAGUAGACUACCAUUCAUGCGAAUUCUUCCCGGAGAGGUGGUUUGACAUUGUUUUCGUGCUGAGGGCAAACAACACUACCCUCUAUGACAGGCUUGUGAGUAGGGGCUAUGGUGGCAAGAAGUUGGAAGACAAUGUGCAGUGUGAGAUCUUUCAAACAAUUCUUGAAGAAGCAGUAAGGUCCUACAAGCCAGAUAUUGUUCAUGAGUUACAGAGCAACAGCCCACAAGAAAUGUUUGCAAACUUGAGUAAGAUUAGUGAAUUCAUAAAGCAGUGGCGACAAAUCACUUCUUGAUAGACCUGGUUGCUUAAUUGUUUAUAAAGAAGAUUUUUACACUUUUUUUUGUAUAUACGUAAAUGUUUUAAACAGAAAUUAUUAAUAAAGUACUUUGAAAAAUAA